GUGUCUACGAUUGAUUGAUUUGCAGCUAUAAAAGAGCACGAUCUGAAUCAAUCUGGAUCAUCGCAUACCCUGCAGUGCUUAAUUAGGCUGUCGCCCAGACAGUUUAGAUCAAUAGAUCGAUAUAUAUCAAUGGCUGCUCCUGCAGCUCGUAAGAUGGCAGCAAUGGUGGCUGCCGUUUGCUGCGUCCUGGUGAUCGCCGUGGCCGUGACGGGGCAGCCGACGCCGACGCCGGAAUGCUCUGCGUGCUGCGCCGCGAAAUGCGCGUCGUGCAGCGACCCGGCCGCCGUGUGCGCGCCGACGUGCGCCAGGUUCCCUCCGUCGGCGUGCGAGAGCUGCAAGCGGCAGGUCGCCCAGAUCUGCGCCUCCCGGUGCUUCGAGCCCUGCUACGCCAACUGCACUUCCACCGGCUGUUAAGUUCGAGCUCAGCUGCAUGCGCCCCUGGCUUGAUCCAUCUUGAUGCUUGGAGCUUAUUUCCAUCUCUGGUGACAGUUACAUGUAAACAAAUAAACUUCGUUUUUGUGCACUAUUUUCCAAUUCACAUCGCCCAAGUUUUUACAUGUGUGUAAUAAAGUGUUUGGGUUUUCCCCGGAUAGAGGUUUUCCGAUUCUCAUUUUUUGAAUCUUAUCAUGUAAUAAAAAAACAUCUCUCUCAGUUUUUAAAAUAUCACCUCUUUAUCAUCUUGAAAAUUUAAAACUGAUUUACUGCGAUUAUAGUAAACUCUGUUGGCACGUGAGACCGACAGAUGGGGCCCCGCACCCGCUCGCCAAAAUUCGGCAAAUGCGCGCACGGGGCGUCGUCCCGUGGCCGGCCGUUGUUGUUCCACCAGCUCCCUUCCUUCCCCCGUCCUCUCGCUCCUUGCACGACGACGACGGCGAGGCGGCGGCGGCGGCGGGUCCCCUCCCCUCCCUCCGCCGUCACACAUUUGCCCCUCACCCCGGCCCCGAUCUGGUAAUUAAUCCCGAUCGAUCUCUCCCCGAUGCGAUUCGGUUGGAGACGGCGGCGGUGAGAAGGGGGGCGGCGGGAUCGAUCGUUCUGGUUACGGGCGAGGAGGAGGAGGAGGAUGGGUAGACCGGGCCUGAACAGCACCGUGUCCGGGGUGGUGUCCAGGAAGGUGCUGCCGGCGUGCGGCGGGCUGUGCUACCUCUGCCCCUCGCUGCGCGCCCGCUCCAGGCAGCCCGUCAAGCGCUACAAGAAGAUCCUCGCCGACAUCUUCCCCGCCACCCAGGAGGAGGAGCCGAAUGUAAGGAUGAUCGGGAAGCUGUGCGACUAUGUUUCUCGGAACCCUCAUCGCGUGCCAAAGAUCACAGAAUACUUGGACCAAAGGUUUUACAGGGAGUUGAGAAAGGAGCUGUACGGCUUUGCAAAAGUAGUCGUGCUGAUUUACCGCAAAUUUUUGAUCUCUUGUAAAGACCAAUUUGCAGGCCAUUAAUAGCAAGCAGCUUGUUGAGCAUCAUAUCCACUCUUUUGGAUCAAACAAGGCAUGAUGACAUGCGCAUCGUAGGGUGUGAAACCUUAUUUGAUUUUGUUGUCAUUCAGAUAGAUGGCACGUAUCAGUUCAAUAUGGAAGAACUUGUACCGAGACUCUGUGAACUAGCUCAGGUAGUAAAGGUGGAAGAGAAGUCUAAUGAACUCCGUGCAUCAGCCCUUCAAGCCCUUUCAGCUAUGAUCUGGUUUAUGGGUGAGCUUUCUCAUCUCUCAUCGGAGUUUGAUAAUGUUGUUCAAGUAGUAUUGGAGAGCUAUACGCCUCAAAAGGUGCACAAUGACCAUAAUGGUGCUGAAGCUCAAGGCAGUGAGUUGGCAGACGAAGUCCUUAAAACAGAGGGUCGUGUCUCUCUCUCUCCUUCCCCAGUUACCAUCUCUAGGAUACCUUCUUGGAAGAGCAUAGUUAGUGAUAAGGGAGAAAUUCAAGUGCCUGUGGAAGGCGCCAAGGAUCCUAACUUUUGGUCAAGAAUCUGUGUGCACAACAUGGCCAACCUGUCCAGGGAGGCGGCCACUUUCCGUCGUGUUUUGGAGUCCCUGUUUCGUCAUUUCGAUAAUAAUAAUUCAUGGUCAUCCCAGAGCACACUUGCUCUCUGUGUUUUAUUGGACAUGCAAAUGUUAAUGGAAGAUGCAGGGCAAAACAUGAACUUGAUGACAUCAGUGCUGGUAAAGCACCUAGAACACAAGUCUGUACUGAAGCAACCAGAGAUGCAACUCAGUAUUGUGGAGGUGAUAGCCACCCUUGCAGAACAAUCAAGAGCCCAGGCUUCAGCAGCAACCAUAAGUGCUAUAAGUGACCUAGUGAGACAUAUGAAGAAGACUUUGCAUAUUGCUGUUGGCAGCAGAGAUCUGGAGGCGGUAAAGUGGAACGACAAACUCCGGAAGGCUGUUGAUGACUGUAUAGUCCAGCUGACAAAGAAGGUAGGUGACGCUGGACCUGUACUUGAUAUGAUGUCUGUCAUGUUAGAGAACAUCUCGCACACUCCUCUUUUUGCUAUAGCAACUACAUCUGCAGUUUAUCGCACAGCCCAAAUAAUUGCUUCUGUACCAAAUUUGUCAUAUAAGAACAAGGUAUUUCCAGAAGCACUCUUUCACCAAUUACUCUUAUCAAUGGUUCACCCAGACCAUGAAACUCGUGUUGCUGCACACCGUAUAUUUUCUGUUGUCCUUGUCCCAUCUUCUGUUUCCCCCUUUCCUAAUUCUCCAUCCCCAGAUCAGCAUAAGAAGCAUGAAGUUCGGAGGACACUCUCAAGGGCUGUCUCCGUCUUCUCAUCUUCAGCUGCUUUGUUUGAGAAGUUAAGGAGGGAAAAAGGUUCCUUCAAAGAAAAUACACAUGACGGAAGCAGGAAUGUAGUUUCACACGGACUUGGUAAUGAAAGUGCUAAACGCAUUGGGAAUGAAAGUUCUAAACGCAUUGGCAAUGAAAGUGCUAAACGCAAGGACCUGCCGGGUUCGCAAAGCCGGAGACAUAGCUUCAGAGUUCCUAAUUUAUCUUUUAAAAAAAAUUCUUCAUCAUCUCGGCAAUCUUCUUCUAUGUCCCGGAAGGAAGGUCAAAAUUCCUCAACUGAGUCAUCUAGCGAAAUGGAACCUACUUUCUUGAGACUAAGCUGUCAUCAGGCCACCCUUUUGCUGUCAUCUAUUUGGGAUCAAGCGAUUUCUCCCAAAAAUUAUCCUCAAAAUUAUGAAGCUAUUGCUCAUACUUAUAGUUUGCUUCUAUUGUUUUCUGGGUCGAAGACAUCAAUCUUUGAGGCUCUUGCUCCGACUUUUCAGCUUGCAUUUUGUUUAAUGACCCGUUCACUUGGAGGAACAGAUUCGCUUUCACCAUCUCGUCGUCGGUCCUUAUUUACUCUGGCUACAUCUAUGAUCAUUCUUGCUUCAAAAGCUUUCAAUGUGGCACCUCUUGUCCCAAUUUGCAAAUCUAUGUUUAAUGAAAGAACAGUGGACCCCUUCCUUCAUUUAGUAGAGGAGACCAAACUUCAGGCUGUGAAAGAUUGCUUGGAAGACCCGUCAAAGACCUACGGAUCACCAGAGGAUGAUGAAAACGCAUUGAAGUAUCUUUCAGCAGUAAAACUGACAGAGAGCCAUUCUCGAGAAUCAAUGAUCUCUACAAUCAUGAACAGCGUUACAGAUUUACCAGAUGUAGAGUUACACUGUAUAAGAAGUCAACUGCUAAGUGACUUCUCUCCUGAUGAAAUGUGUCCAACAAGUGCUCAAUAUUUUGAAGAUCCUAGCAAAAAUACACCAUCAGUGUCGAAUGAUGAUUUCGUACAUCAAGAGGAUACCCUUGAUGAUAUGGCGGAUGAAACCUCUGCGGAAGUACACGGAACUACACCAACUAGUACAGACAUAUCUGUGCCCACAACAGAUGUUUUGGGUAUUGAUGAGCUUCUACAAACAGUCGACGCUGGCGCAUCGUCUCAAGUUGGAAGGUUCUCGGUGUCAAAGGCUCCUGACAUCCCAUUCAAGGAGAUGAGUAGUCAGUGUGAGGCUCGUUGCAUGGGAAAACAACAGAAGAUGUCUGUGUUCAUGAGCUUCCAGUGCAACAUGCAGGUGGCUGUCCCGGAGAAUAACCAGAUCAACCACACCGAAGCGACCCAUACCUCUGAUGAGCAGCAGGCGCCUGAGAACACAAAUCCUUUCCUCCAUGAAAACAACCCAGGUGUCAGCGGUGGGUUACAGUUUGCUGAUGACUUGCAGCAGCAGUAUUUGCUGAAGCUGCCGGCAUCAAGCCCCUACGAUAACUUCCUGAAGGCUGCUGGCUGUUGAAGUGUUGAUGCUCCAGCACAGGAAACCCCGGUGUGUGAGAUACCGAAGGUUCAUUGAGUUGGAAAAUGCCAUUGACGCCUCACGUUUGGUUAUAUUUUCCAGAAAAAGAAAUCUCAAACAGCCAUCUAAUUGUGUCAUUUUUCAUUUGUACCAGAAGUUGUCAAAAUGUCGCAAAGUACAACCAACCAAAGUGGAAAACAGGUAAAAAAUGAACAAGCAACAAGGCUAACAAAACCCAUAAGAGAAGAAAACUAGCAACAAGACUAACAACCCUAUCUAGCAAAAAAGCAGAAGAAAAAGCUAAGCUAACUUUGUUUUCGAUUUACACCUGUAAUCUUCUGUAUGUUGCAUAUGUGUAAUGUAAUACUAUCCUGCAAUGUGCAAGUAUAUGGUUUGUUGUGCCA